AUGAAUGCAUUGGAGCCCGUUGAGUUAGGUUCGCGAUUUUCUCAGCCGACAGCAUCGCCCCAUUACGCAGCCGACAUGAGAUCGCCACCGUUAAUGUCGCCAACGCAAGCGCCAAUGGCCCCUCAGGCUGCCAUGCCACGUCCAAUGAGCAACGGCGACAUGGUUACGCAACCAAUACGUAUGGUCCCGACUCCUCAGCAACCAGUUAUUCCUAGUCAAUUUUUCACUUAUGAGCCGAAUCUUCUUAUGAAUGGUGAGAUUCAAAUUCUCCCUGUUAGGCUUACGUGGGUUUACUUCUGUUCCUUUUUUUCGUUUUUUUCUCAUCAAUGUUAG